AUGUGUAACCCAGAAGCACAGACUACAGUACAGGAAGAAGGCCUGCAGGACAUUGAAGUAGACCCAGGCCUCGACUCCGACUCUGCCAUCGGAAGCGUUGAUGACCAGCUCUCCGCAUACACCCAGUCUCUGACUUCCAGCGUAACUGCAUAUCCGGUCGAACACGGUCGCCGGUACCACGCCUACAAGGAUGGUUCCUACUUCAUGCCCAACGACGAGAAUGAGCAAGACCGUCUUGAUUUGAUGCACCACCUCAUAAUGGUGCUCACGGAUGGGAAGGACUUUCUCGCGCCCAUCAAGAACGAGGACUUGAAGCGUGUUCUGGACGCUGGCUGCGGAACUGGAAUAUGGUCCAUCGGGAUGGGGGAUAAGUACCCCGAAGCAGAAAUACUCGGAAACGAUCUCAGCCCGGUGCAGCCGGCGUGGGUGCCUCCCAACGUCAAGUUCGAGGUCGAUGAUCUCGAAGCGCCGUGGAAUCAUCCGAAGCCGUUUGACCUGAUCUUUUGCCGCUAUCUCGACGGCGCUAUUUCCGACUGGCCCACUCUCGUCUCCAACAUGUUUGACCAUACCAGGCCAGGCGGUUGGGUUGAGCUUCAAGGCUACGACGCCCAGUUCAGAUCCGAUGAUGGCACCCUGAAGUCGGAUGCGUACCUUAAACGCUACUUUGAAACCAUCGAGAAAGGAAUCUCCAAGAUGGGCAAAGUGCUGUCUACCGGGCCGCUCUUUGAGGGAUUGCUGAAAGAUGCAGGUUUUUCCAACAUCCACGUCCACAAGUAUAAGCUCCCAAUCGGCACUUGGCCUAAAGAUAAGAAGAUGAAAGAAGCUGGGACCAUCAAUACGCUGCAGUACCUCGACGGCAUGGAGGCCUUCUCCUACCGCUUGUUGACUGGCGUCUUGGACUGGAAGCUUGAGGAGGUGCAAGUAUUCAAUGCCAAAGUUGCCGAGGAGAUCAAGAGCAACAAGAUUCAUGCAUACUACACACUCUAUGUUGUGUACGGUCAGAAACCAGAGAAAGACGAAGAGUAA